AUGGCGUUCAAUUCAGGGCUGAGCCCGAUUGUCCAGUCCUGGGUAUUGCUCCUGCUAUUGGCCCUGCUGCAGUGCAGCUCGGCUCAAUUCUGCUCUUUUUUGAAUAAUGGUUGCAUCGACCCUCUCGCCCAGACCGCCGUGAGCUUCGACUUCCAGCCUCUCUUCACCGACCCCAUCUAUUUCUACUACGGCUUCGAUGCGAGCUCCUCGGGCAAGGGCAAGGGUCCCAUGACAAAGACUGGGUUCUGGCUUCGGUACCAGGAUCGGCAUGUCAACAAAAACGCCAUCAAUCACAAUUUGACUUCAGAGGUUGCGCUCCGUGUCGGUAACAUGACUGCCACGCCAUCGGGAACCAGUAAUGGAUGUGACGGGGUCUGGGGCACCCGAUGCUCCAACGAUAUCAAGUUCGCCAUCCAGCAGACCAUAUUCCUACUCUCCUCAUCAGGCCAGUAUUACGAUCGACCUCUUGAAAGGGCUCUAGAGCAUAUGAUGCUUGUCCCGCCGCAUCUUCCCAAUUGCGUUUCAUUUGUGUUUGACGUUGCCACAAUUCCAGUUCAAGAAUUUGCGAGAGAAGGAACCGACCAAAAUGUCACCGUGAUGCCCUCAGGAUCUGGCGAUCGCCCAUGGCAGGUAUUCUACCUUGAUGACAUGACUGAUCACCAACAAGCUUCCCAAGUCGCCGUCGGAAUCAUCACUCGUGGUCCAUCUUAUGACAGCGCACCGCCAAUGAGCCCUGACGAAAUUCAAGUCGAGCUUGUGUGUCUCCAAGCUCCCCAGAGUCCGCCAAGCGGAUCAUCAAAGGACCAUGAUUGA